GCAAAACCAUUUAUCACUCAGACAAAAAAUUAAAUUAAAUUAAAUUAAAAAGCAUAGAUACAUAGAAAGAGAUAGAGAGAGAGAAACAAAGAUAGAAAUAGAGAGAGAGAGAGUGGUUGAAAGGGUCCAUUGAAGAGAGAGAGAGAGUGGUUUUCGGAAUUGCUGCUUCUGCUUCGUGUCUCUUAAUUUCCUUGCGAGCUUUGAGGAUUUGGCGUUUGGAUUCCUCAACAGUGAAGACAAACCGAGGCUCCGAUCUUGCGAUGUGUGAUAUGAGAGAUCUGUGAGCAACGACAAGGGAAAAAAUGGCGUCGUCGGAGGUAUCGAUCAAGGCGAAUUCGGUGAACGGAAAAGGAGAAAACAAUUCUGGUGGCUAUAACAACGGCAACGAUGUUAGGAGCGGUGGAGGAGACGGUCAGAAUGCUUCUUCAUCAUCAACCGCGAGAGACGCGGAAGCUGCGCUUUACAGGGAGCUCUGGCACGCGUGUGCAGGUCCUCUUGUGACGGUGCCUAGAGAAGGAGAGCGCGUGUUCUACUUUCCUCAAGGACAUAUAGAGCAGGUGGAGGCGUCAACAAAUCAGGUAGCGGAACAGCAUAUGCCGGUUUACGAUCUCCCACCAAAGAUCCUUUGUCGAGUCAUCAACGUGAUGCUGAAGGCGGAGCCAGACACGGAUGAGGUGUUUGCUCAGGUGACCUUGCUUCCGGAGCCAAAUCAAGAUGAGAAUGCGGUGGAGAAAGAGGCUCCUCCGGCUCCGCCUCCUCGUUUUCACGUGCAUUCCUUCUGUAAAACGCUGACGGCGUCUGAUACGAGUACUCACGGUGGGUUUUCGGUGCUGAGACGACAUGCCGAUGAGUGCCUCCCUCCGCUGGACAUGUCAAAGCAGCCACCUACCCAGGAGUUGGUGGCCAAGGAUCUACAUGCGAACGAGUGGCGAUUCAGGCAUAUCUUUCGGGGUCAACCGCGUAGACACUUGCUGCAAAGUGGUUGGAGUGUUUUUGUCAGCUCCAAGAGGCUUGUCGCUGGGGAUGCGUUUAUAUUUUUAAGGGGUGAGAAUGGGGAACUUCGAGUUGGUGUUAGGCGUGCAAUGAGACAGCAGGGUAAUGUUCCGUCUUCGGUUAUCUCGAGCCAUAGUAUGCAUCUUGGCGUUCUUGCAACUGCUUGGCAUGCCAUAUUGACUGGGACCAUGUUUACUGUGUAUUACAAGCCUAGGACCAGUCCAGCUGAAUUUAUUGUUCCGUAUGAUCAAUACAUGGAGUCUCUCAAAAAUAAUUAUACCAUUGGGAUGCGCUUUAAAAUGAGGUUCGAAGGUGAAGAGGCUCCUGAGCAAAGGUUUACUGGUACCAUUGUUGGAAUUGAAGAUUCUGAUCCCAAAAGGUGGCCCAAGUCCAAAUGGAGAAGUCUUAAGGUGAGAUGGGAUGAAACAUCUAACAUACCUCGUCCUGAGAGAGUUUCCCAAUGGAAAAUAGAGCCUGCUCUCGCUCCUCCUGCUCUAAAUCCUCUACCAAUGCCCAGGCCUAAAAGGCCUCGAUCUAAUGUGGUUCCAUCAUCUCCAGAUUCCUCUGUUCUUACUCGUGAAGCUUCAUCUAAAGUAAGCAUAGACCCUUUGCCAGCAAGUGGGUUUCAAAGGGUCUUGCAAGGUCAAGAAUUAUCGGCCUUGAGAGGUGGUAAUUUUGCUGAAAGCAACGAUUCUGAUACGGUAGAGAAGUCUGGUGUGUGGCCACCUGCUGCAGAUGAUGAAAAGAUUGAUGUUGUUUCUACUUCAAGAAGAUAUGGAUCAGAGAGCUGGAUGUCAAUGGGAAGGCAUGAAUCAACAUAUCCAGAUCUACUUUCAGGCUUUGGGGCCCAUGGAGACCAACUUCCAUCCUUUGCUGAUCAAAAUGGUUCUGUAGCUAACCUUGGCAGGAAACAUUUGUUGGAUCGUGAAGGCAAACAUAAUGUUCUUAGUCAGUGGCCUGUAGUGCCCUCUAGUCUAUCACUCAGUAUAUUGGACGGCAAUGUAAAAGGCUCUGCUCAAGGUGUGGAUACAACUUACCAAGUUCGAGGGAAUUUGAGGUAUGGUAGUGCAUUUGGUGACUACCCUGUGCUUCAUGGACAUAAAGUUGAGCAUUCACAUGGAAGCUUUUUGAUGCCACCACCACCAACUCAAUAUGAGAGCCCUCGUUCAAGAGAACUUUUGCCCAAACCAAUAGCAGGAAAGCCUUGUGAGGUUUCAAAACCAAAAGACAGUAACUGUAAGCUAUUUGGCUUCUCACUUCUCAGUAGUCCCAUGGCACCAGAGCCUUCUGUAUCACAAAGAAAUGUUGCAAGUGAGCCUGUCGGUCACAUGCAGACUACAUCUCACCAACAGCGUACAAUUGAAAAUGAUCCGAAGUCUGAGCAUUCAAGGGGAUCAAAGCCAGCUGAUGAUCUACUGAUUGAUGACCAUGAAAAGCUGUUGCAAUCUUCUCAGCCCAAUCCAAAAGAUGUUCAACCAAAAUCUCACGGUGGUUCUGCUAGAAGUUGCACUAAAGUUCACAAGAAGGGGAUUGCACUUGGUAGGUCAGUGGACCUUACCAAAUUCAGUGAUUAUGAUGAAUUAAUUGCUGAACUGGACCAGCUAUUUGAAUUUGGAGGUGAAUUAACUUCUCCACAGAAGGAUUGGCUUAUUGUCUACACUGAUAAUGAGGGGGAUAUGAUGCUUGUUGGUGAUGAUCCAUGGCAGGAAUUUGUUGCAAUGGUUCGUAAAAUUUAUAUCUACCCCAAGGAGGAGAUUCAGAAAAUGAGCCCUGGCACCUUAAGCUCGAAGAAUGAAGAGAAUCAGUCAGCUAAUGAAGGGGCAGACGCGCAAGAUGUUAAAUGUCAGCUCAAUCAUUCAGCUUCAGAUACCUGAUAAUUCGUAGAUAUGAUUUCCAUAGCUUCCAGAUCUCUGACUGGAGUGGAUAGUAGGUGACUGUCAUAAAGCCAUCCGUUUGGGGAAAUAUGACGUGAAGAAGAAAAUUCUAAUUCUGAAUCUGACUGUUUAUCAAGUGACUGCUUGUGUUUGGAAUCAGAAAAUGGAUGGCAUGAAUGAGAGUAUCCAUCCAAUUUUGGACCGUGUCGUGCAAUUAGUAGCAUUAGUAAUAGUAUAUAUGCCUUCCCUGUUAUACACUCCUAAUAUAGUAUUGUAAUUGUGCCUUGUGCGAGGUUAUUGGGGGUGUAUCGGCCUUGCAUUUUUCAACAAUCCUUCGUUGUACAUAGUUUUACUCGCAUCCUUAGAACCUGAACUCAUUAAUGUAAUUAAGUUCAUAUACAAGAGCGGUCAUCUGAUUUUAAAUUUGAUUGUCUUAUUUUAGUGAGGGUAAUUUGUGCAAGUAUCGUGAACUCGUGGAAAUCAUUGUGGAUAUUAAUAUUAUUAUGUGUUUGGCUAGAUAUAUAAUUAAAUUUUGCCUCUAA